AUGGCGCUCGCCGCCGCCAUCGUCGUCCUCUUGCUUCCAGGCAUUCUCACCUCGGCGAUGGCGGCCACGCCGUACCCUCACGGGCGCGGCGGCGACCCGCUCGUGGGCGCAUCGAAGAAGUACGAGGGCAGCUCCGACCUGGUGGACCUCCGCUACCACAUGGGCCCCGUCCUCUCCGCCGCGCCGCUCCGCCUCUACGUGCUCUGGUACGGGCGCUGGGACCCCGCGCACCAGGCCCCCGUCCGCGACUUCCUCCUCUCCCUCUCCGACCCGUCCCCGCCGCGGCCCUCCGUCGCCGACUGGUGGGCCACCGCCGCGCUCUACGCCGACCAGACCCUCGCCAACGUCACCCGCCGCGUCGCGCUGGCCGGGGAGGCCGCCGACGAGUCGGCCUCGCUGGGCCGCUCGCUCUCCCGCCUCGACAUCCAGCGCGUGCUCGCCUCCGCGGUCGCCGCGGACCGCCUCCCCGCCGACGCCCGCAGCGGCGCCUACCUCGUGCUCACGGCGCCCGGCGUCGGCGUCCAGGACUUCUGCCGCGCCGUCUGCGGCUUCCACUACUUCACCUUCCCGUCGCUCGUGGGCCACACGCUGCCCUACGCGUGGGUCGGCCACAGCGGCGGCCGCUGCGCCGACGUCUGCGCGUACCCGUUCGCGCUGCCUUCGUACAUGUCCCGGAGCGGCAUGGCGGCGCUGAGGCCGCCCAACGGCGACGCGGGCGUCGACGGCAUGGUCAGCGUCAUCGCGCACGAGCUGGCCGAGCUCGCCACGAACCCGCUCGUCAACGCGUGGUACGCCGGGGAGGACCCCACGGCGCCCACCGAGAUCGCCGACCUGUGCGAGGGGGUGUACGGGACGGGCGGCGGCGGCGGGUACGCCGGGAAGGUAGCGGUGGACGCGCAGGGGAGGAGCUGGAAUGUGAACGGAAGGAAGGGGAGGAAGUUCCUGGUGCAGUGGCUGUGGAGCCCAGAGGCUAAGGCCUGCGUAGGGCCCAAUGCCAGUGACUAG